UAUCCCGUGAAAUGAUAGAAUCAAGUGAGGAUGAAGAGGAGGAUCCUGAAAUCUGUCCAGUGUGUUCAGAAAAAAAUGAUCCCACGAAUCCAGGGGAUAAGAAGAACAGAAUGAUCGGCUGUGACAGCUGUGACAAGUGGUAUCAUUGGAGCUGUGUUGGUAUUGAUCACGAGAAUAAGCCGGGAAAGGACGACGACUGGUAUUGUCGUAAGUGUACUGCAAGGCGAGGAGAGGCUGGUGAAUGGAAACCUGAGAAGGGUGAACAAGGAUUACUGGAUAUUCUACCGAUUAGAGAGAGUACACGGGUCUCAAGUCCACAGGGUACACCGAAUCAUCAGAAGAACGGAGGCCGUGGAAGAGGACGUGGCAGAGGUCGAGGGACUCCAAGUCGACCUCCAAAUCAUUUUUCAACCUCCAGACAUAAGCUGACACCAUCAGUAACAUCCUCGGAGAAGAAAAUAAUUUUUCAGAGACAGCAAAUUCUCCCCAGUAAGGACGAGAAACGUCCUCGAAAUCUUUUCGCUGACGACAACGAAACUCCUCCUGAACCUGCAAUUAAAUCUUCCGGAUUCUCAGAAAAUAAAACCGGGACGUCCAGUGACCAAUCCGGAUCCUUUGAGUCUGUAACCGGAUCCCCUUUUCCAAAGUUGGUUGGGAAAAAACUUGAGAUCUACAAAGUUGGACAUCCCUCUUCUCCGACAUCAAUCCCUAGUAGAUCAGAAUCCGCCGGAACCCCUCUCUCUAUAACCCUGAUAUCCGGCCGCAAAGCUGGGAGACGUGAAUCCUGGAUAACUUCUAACUCAAAGUCUGAGUCCCCUGAGCCAGCACAGCCAAGCAGAAUAUCUGGAAGUCGGGAAGAGAAUGAGAAUGGACAGUUUGGUGAGAUCACCCUUGAACCGGAUACCGGAUAUGAUAGUCCAGUUUCUGACGAUUCGGCGGAUGAACAUUCGGUUCAUUCAAAAGUUAAGGAAGAGACUGAAAUGCCAAGAAAAGUUCUCCCAUCAUCUCUUUUGAAAAUAAAUACAACGGACAAAAGCAUGCCAAGCUCUUCUAGUUCAAACAGUACAAAUAGUUUAUUAAGUACAAACUGCUCUCAAAGUACAAACAGUUUAAGAACAGUGAUUAAGAUACAAAAUGACGCGAAAAAAAGAAAAAUAUUGCCUCUACCAGAAAACAUUAAUAAUAGAAAAACAAAGGUUGAUGAAAACCCAACCAGCAAUAAAAUCCGCCAAGUAGAUGUCAGGAUUAAUCGUCUUUCUUUGCACGAUAAACGAAUAUCAUUGGACGAUAGACGAACACCGGACACAGACGAAGACAAAUCAAAACUUGAGGUAGAACGAGAAUUGAUAAACGGAUCAGACAAAUCUCCUACGAUCCCACCUAUGAUCCCAACUCCAGAAAUUGUGCCGUCGAUACCAACACAUGAUUCUUUCAAUACUACGAAACGUGACACUGCCAUAGAACCUGACGCUACGAUGAAUCCCGGCUCUCCAAUGGAACCUGAAACUCUUCUGAAUCCCGUAACACAAGACGUUGGCAUCCUGGAUGAAUCAGUCCCUGAGUUAUCGCAGCAAAUCAUUGCAUCCAGAAGUAGACGGGAAACUAGAAAUAAGGUUCCGAUCAGAUACGCAUCUAGUAGCGACGAAGAAGAUCCACGGAUUGUCUCUGCAAAAAAACGGAACACGUCACCACGGUUAACUAAGCCCCCGAGUGGCUCCAAGUCUCCUAAGUCCUUAGAACCUGCCCCUAAGUCCCCUGACCCUGUUGUAGAUAUUGCACUUGAGACGAUUACGGAAGGUGAUGGAACAAAGAAACGGAAGAGAACUGAACCCUCAGAUUCUUCUGAUUCCUCGGAACUCAGGAAAAAAAUCAAAUCUGGGGUUUCCAUCCUAAAUUUUGAUUUGGACUCGAGGAAUGCUGAAGAUAUUGAAAAAGAAAGAAAUACGAAUGAACCUGACAAUGCAAAGGAAGUUAUGAUGGAGAAAGAGAUUGACGAAGAAGAAACUAUAAAUGGACGUAACAAAAAUACUAAUUACAAUGAACAGCUGAAUGAAGUUGGAGACUCAAUGAACGUGGAUUUAGGAAGCAAUGAAAUUUCACUUGAAUCCUGUUUAAGAAUCGAUGAAGGAAAAGAGACUGCAAAUAAAGAAGACAGUGUUGCCUCUAGCAAACCUGUAACACCACCUCAAAAAAAAAUUGAAUCUAAUUUAGAUAGAAACUUGGACGACAUGAAUAAUCAGUAUGAGGCCAAAGAGUUGGAGCCUCAAGAGAAAUUAGUAUGUGCUUCUGUAGAUCCCAGGAAUCAGGGCCAAAAUGAAAAUAUUCCAGAGAUCCCGGCAAGGAAAGAUUUGAGACUAGCAUCCCCAGGGCUGUUCUCUGAUUUUGUGAACCCAGGUCAAGCAGGGCCAGAUAAAAUCAGUCUUGAUCUCAAUUUGACAGAGGACGAAAUACGAAGUCUUCCAGUCGAUAUAUUCACCAGAAAACCAGAUGAUCAGGAUACAUUCGGCAGAGAGAUGGAAGAGCUGAUUAAUGGAACAGAGCCUGUUAAAGAUCUUGUUGCCUCAAAAUCAAUAAGUGAGAUUCAGAAAGAAUUGGAGGGAUUUGGACAGAAGGAUCCCAUGCCCAUGUUGAUUCCUAACUGGAAUUCAUCCCGCUACUCCCAAGGAGAUCAUCUUUCAGGACAAUCUAACCCUCAAAUUGGGAUACCAUCACCUUCUGCAUUAGUUCCAACCCGUGUUUCAACUCAAGUACCCUCACAUGGAAACCAUUCUUUACCUCAUGUAAUCACUGGAAGCCCUCUAAAGACUGGUUCAAGACUGAUUAAAAUCAGUGAAUUAUCAAAUAUUCAGCGUUUAACCAAUCCAGAGGUUCAGGCAGAUGGACAAGAACACCGAGCUCAAAUUAAGAUCUUGAAUCCGACAAAGCUGAACCUGAAGGCUUCGCAGGUUCACAACAACAGAGUUUUUUCCCCAAAGGAGCGAAUUUCUGUUGCUAGACGUCCUUCAAUGGAGCUUCCACUACGUCAGUUCCAGGUUGCCGGAGCAGAUUCAUCAAACAGAUUUAUUAGAGUCUCAACACAGCUCCGGUACUCGAAUCCAUCAAUCUUAGGAACCUCUAUUAAAACACUGCCUGAAGCCAACAAUGUAACAACUAACACCUUGUCUGGGACUUCUACUAACUCUUCAUCUAUAUCAGCUACUGAGUAUUUAUAUCCAUUAAAUGCCAAGUUACAGUCUGUUGUUUCAGUUCCCAACCCAACCCAGGUUCUUUCAUCACAGCAUAACUCAACACAGCCAACCACAGCCCAUCAGCAGGUUAUGAAUCCUGUAAAUAUUCAACAACUUGUAAAUCAAGAAACAAUACAGCAUAGGUCUGAUCCUUCGUACUUAAUACGCCAAACUUCAGUACCCUCUCCCUCAUACCAAACUACUACGAUGCAUCAUCCAAACCAGCCUCAAACAGCUUCUUUACCUACAUCACAAACUCAAUUUCCAAAUCAUACAAACAGUAUUGGUGUCCAGCAGUAUGCAGUACAGGCACGACCCCCUCUGCCUACGCCCCAAUCCAAUAUUAGAGUACAAACAACACUAGAAAAUGUGCAGCGAAUCCACGUUAAUAGUUACCAAGCUACUGAAGGAAAUUUUUAUGUUCAGGGUUCCCCAGUUCCCCGGUCUGUUCAUUCUGUCGUUCUAUCCUCUGGAUUUGGAGGCCAAGGUCAAUUACAAGAAGGUCUUAAUAGCAAUGUUACACACAUAAAUGGACCUGCACACUAUCGUGUUAGUACGGGAAACGGCCAAAUUACUCCAGUAUCGGGUUCAUUUUCAGUAUCUCAACCUCUCCCAACGCCUAUAAAUGUCCGACCUAUUGGGGAUCUCGGUCAUCCUCUGGCUUCCUCCCAACCUACUAGAGCACCUCAACCCUCCUCUGCAGUCAUGCCUGAAGCUAUUCGUCCCCUUGCAGGAGCGCAACCACAAAGGUUGAAAAUCCGAGGAGGAACGGUAAGAUUGCCUGGAGGUGUUCGAGCACCUCGAAUUCCUGGACAAGAGAACCAGAGAAUGGGGAUGGUCAGAGGUGGGCCAUGGCCUAGAAUGAGAUCACAAGGACCAAGGCCUGCUGGAAGGUUUCCUAGACCACCAGGCCCUCCUCCAACCCAACCUUCUUUAGGACCACGGCCUCCAAUAGGUUCUCCUGCUGGAGAAGGAAUCCCUCGAUCUCCAGCUCGUCAUCAGUCUCCUCGCCCAUCCUCUCACCAGAAUACAACCCCACCUAAACCAGCCAAAUCUCCUCCAAGUGUUAUCAAAAUAGAAGACGAUGAACCUGAAAUAAUUGAGUUAAUAGAUGAACCACCAACUCCGUUGAAGAGUGCUACAAUCGAUCGUCUGAAGGCUGGUGGGAUCUCAGUAACCCGGCAAGCACCUCCUAAGAUACCGAAAGGUCUAAAACUCCCACCAGGUAUAUCUUUAUCCCCUGCUGGCAGUCAUGACGGCAGAGGGCGGAGCAGCGGCAGUUCAGAAGGUCGAAGGGGUGGGGGAGAGUCUAGAAUUAGGCGGGAGUUAAACCCACCACUGAGUCGAGAAAAGGAAAGUACUCCACAGAAAAAAGUUCAAGUUGAACUUUCCGAGGAACAAUAUGAAAAACUGAAAUCAAUGGGUGUUCUCAAUUAAAUAUUGCUUGAAGAGAGCUUUUUAAUGUUUAUUUCUAUUUGGUUUUGUGUACAUAGGUUGGACGGUUUAAAUUUAUGUAAAUUAUAUACAUUUCAGUGAAAUUUGUGAUAUUUGCAUAUGUUUUGAAAACUGAGAAAUGAUUUACAUCUGAUCCGCGGGUAGACUUAAUAUUUCCUCCUACUAAAUCAAUUACCAUUUACCAUUUUUAUUUUUCAAACAAAGGAGAUUGCAAAUUUAACUUUUUGUUUAAUCAUAAAACAAAACAAG